AUACGGAUGUUACGUAAAACAACAAUUCAUCAUGUCGGACGAACGCCUCAGAUGGGAGUUGCAGGCUCUCGGUUUUGACCCACCACCUAUCACUGAUAGUACCCGCGAUAUUCUUAAAAAGAAGUUAAAGAAAUUGCGGGAGCAGUCUACAAAAAAGCGUCAGAGCAAUGGCGAGUAUAGCGCUAAGACUGCUUAUAAAAAAGAGGAAGAGCGGAGGUCUAACUCGUGGGUGAAGCCAGCACCGUCCUACGUUAGUAGAACUAGAAAGGACGAAGAAGAUGAAGACUAUGAAGACGAUGAGGAGGAAGAAGAAGAGGUGGAUUAUGAUAACGUUACGAUAGGACGGACUAAGCUUAAGGUCCCGGAGCGACGCAGCUUUACCUAUGGAACACCCGGUCUAAGCAGUACCCUUAGAGGAGGGGCGUCAUUGUUGUCUAGAGAGGGCAGUUUGGCAGGGGAGUGGGGUGCACACAGGAGAAGUUUAGGAGACAGUUCCCUUCAUCUUAGAAGUGUUCCUUAUAUAGGUGAGACAAAUGAUUCCUGGAGGAGAGAUACCUCACUGGGAGGAGAACAUUUGGGAAGAGAUAGAACCCAGUAUGAUUAUGGCCAUUUGGCGAAACUAGGAAGUACAACAUGGGAUCAAAGAUCAAACUUAGCUGAAGAAAAUCAUGACAGAAACAUGAGCCGGGCAGUCAAUAAAGUACUGCCAAGAAGUAUUUAUAGAUAUGGGUCAGAUGAUGAUGGUGGUCCCAAGAAAGCAUCUUCAGUGACUGAUUUUGGCGUUAGAAAAAGUUGGGAUCUACCAAGAAAAGAGGACAACGAACACAGGGCUAAAUGGAAGUCAAAAUGGUCCCGGACAAUUGAAUAUUACUUGGCAAGAAUGUUGUGGGGUUUGUCUGUGCUGCUGCUGAUAGUCUUCUUUGGCAUCCUCAUAGUGAAAAGUGGCAUUCUAAACACACAGCAAGAUAGUAAUUUGAAACUUCUUCCUUCUGACUGCAGUGGCCGUGGAGAUCAGUACUGCAAAUCUGAACAAAAGAAAAUAACCUUUCAAAUCCUGUCUGAACUUUAUGACUUCCUGUCAUUGGAGGCUGGUAGGUUUGAGUGUGGCAAUCCUUCUGGUCUGAGCAGUAAAUGUGUGCCUAUCGACACAGCAAGGGAACACGUGGCAAAUGUCAGUGGCCAGCCACCUGAGAAAUUUGAUGCUGCUCUGGAAUGGGUCCUGACCAGCGACAAACAUAUGGGAAUAUGGGUGAGGGGCAGGGACCCUGAAGAGAUAGUCUCUGAGAAAGAUGUUGCUUUCUGUAUGGAAUCAUCACGGCCACGUCUUGGGAUUGGCUGCAGAAUGAAAAAUGCAUUCUUUACUGCUCUCUCCAAUCUCUUCCUUGCUGUUUUGGUUAUCCUCAUCCUCUGGCUAUUCUUGUUAAUCCUGCGAUAUCACUGGCGAAGGUUGGAAGAGGAAGAGAAACAAAUGUUUGACAUGGUGGAGAAAAUCAUUGAUGCUGUCAAAUCUCAUCAUAAAGACUGGCUCCGGGGUGAAGAGCACUUCCCCUUCAUUGGCAUUGUUCAUGUAAGGGACACUUUAAUACCGCCCCAACAGAGGAAAGCUCUUAAAAAGGUCUGGAAUCGUGCAGUGCAGUUUUUAAAUGCUGAUGAAUCUAGACUACGUACAGAGAAUCAUCGUGUUUCUGGAGAAGAUUUAAUGGUGUGGCGCUGGACUAAACAAGGAAAGAUUUCUAUGGGGGCAACAUCUACCCCACAAAGCCCUGGACACUGACGUCAUAAUAUGGUGCAUAUAUAUGCACUAACAAAGCCAGUGUAGUAUUGCUUUGUAUUCUGGUGGACAUUUUUUUUUUUUUUUUCCUCAAUCCCUUGUUGAAAUGCCCUAGUGCUUUGGGCUAACGUUAUGUGAAUAUCGGCUUUGACACUAAGAUAAGUAAGUCGUUUGUCCUGACUGUAAUAAGAAAUCCACCAAAUAAAGCUUUAAGCAUAUUGUUUAAGACA